AUGGGUUGGGAAGAAUUAGUGGCGAAGAAACGCAAAGCCUUGGCCGAAUUAAUACCAGAAAAAUGGCGAAUUCCAGCCGACAUAUUACCUGCCGACUCUCAACACUCAGUGAUUUCCUAUCCUGAGACAAGUAGUUUGUUGUCUGACGAAGAAUUGACUAUUACACAACUAACAGUAAAAGAAUUGGUGGAAAAAAUUGCCUCUCGCAAAUAUUCAGCUGUUCAAGUCUGUGAAGCCUUCUGUCAUCGAGCAGCUAUCGCUCAUCAAUUAGUCAAUUGUCUCGUAGAGAUUUUUUUCGAUGCGGCAGUAGAACGAGCGAUAGAACUUGAUGAUUAUCUUUUUAAAGAGGGAAAGACUGUCGGUCCUCUUCAUGGUGUGCCAAUUUCACUGAAGGAUCAAUUUCGUGUCAAAGGUGUUGAAUGUAGUAUGGGUUAUGUGGCCUGGUUGGGGAACAUUGAUGAAGAAGAGAGUGUUAUGACUACAUUACUAAGAAAAGCAGGUGCUGUCCUUUACGUGAAAACAAGCGUGCCGCAAAGUGUAAUGUGCUGCGAAACGAUGAAUAACAUCAUUGGUCGCACAUUGAAUCCAUACAAUCGACUUCUUUCCUGCGGUGGUUCAAGUGGUGGAGAGGCCGCUCUAAUUGCUCUUCAUGGUAGUUCGAUAGGUAUUGGCACCGACAUAGGUGGUUCGAUUCGUACACCAGCUGCAUUCAAUGGCCUGUGGGGUAUUCGACCAAGCCAUGGACGAAUGCCCUUUGCUGGAAUAAGGAGUAGUAUGGACGGACAAGAAACAGUACAUUGUGUUUGUGGACCCAUUGCUCAUAGAGCAGAAGAUUUGGCUUACUUUAUGAAAGCUAUAUUAGAACAAGAACCAUGGCAUUAUGAUCCGAAAGUAAUUGAGAUUCCAUGGAGAGAGGAGAAAUACAAUGAAGGCAGAACAGGAAAAAAGAUAUUUGGGAUAACGACUGUUAAUGGUGUUAUGGGCUUCGACGGAGUGGUGAUGCCUCAUCCACCUAUUCUUCGUGGUAUUCAGAUGGUCGUUAACGCUCUUCGAAGAGCUGGUCAUACUGUUGUCGAGUGGCAACCUUACAAGCAUAAAUAUGCCGUUGACCUGGUCCGUAAGAUUUAUAGAGCAGAUGGUGGUGAGGACAUUCGAAAUGCUCUGACAUUAAGCGGUGAACCAGCCAUAUCAGAAGUUGCCCAUGAUUAUGGUCCUGGAGCAAACGAGAAAAUUGAUCUUAAUACUAUGUGGGAUAUUCAAAUAAAGAAGUACAAAUAUCAACAAGAAUACAUGGCAAUCUGGAUGGAAAGAAAUGAAAUUAAUGCUUGGAUACAACCCGAAGCUCCUCAUGCCGCCAUUAGACACGAUCAGUACAAAUAUAAUGGUUAUGCAUCUGUAAUUAGUCUGCUCGAUUAUCCAGCUGUCGUCGUUCCAGUGACGUUUGCUCAAAAAGAGACAGAUAUUAAGGACUUGAAUUAUAAACCCAUCAGUGAUUUGGACAUGCAAGUGCAUGAUGAGUAUCAGGCUGAUGUCUACCAUGGUGCGCCAGUAGCCGUACAGAUUAUUGGACGGCGAUUGCAAGAAGAAUAUGUUAUUGGUCUUGCUGAACAAGUUGGAAGAGCUUUGGCUUCUUCAUAA